CUCACAUUAAACAAAAUAACGAUGUCUUCCCCACCACAUACCCCUACGCGCCGUGCGAUGCCGCAGCCAGAAAGCCCCUCUAAGGCGCACAGCCCUGACGCAGAGGACCAGACGUGGAAGAGGUCUUCCUCCGAGUCCUCCGAGCUUACAGCUAAGGAUAAAGUCAACCACUUCGCAGAAAACUAAGCCU